UGUGACGCGAUAUAGAAAAUUAAUGAGUUUCGACUGUGGGGAGUGUCUCGUAGGUGAGCGAGUCACCUUACCCCUAAUGGUUAAAAAUGUCGGUGGCGAGGGAAGAUUCUUCAUUAUGAGCGAAAUCGACUGGUGUUCGAUGCAUAUCGAGGAUGUUUCUAACAAUAAUAUACUAAUUCUACCAUCUUUCGCCAUGUGGCCUGCGUAUUUUACGCUCAAAUCGCAAGAGCAUAUAUAUCUGUACCUCUACUUCUUCCCCGACGCUCAUGGAAUGCAUGUAGAAACAUUAUACGCGAUAUGCAACAAUUGUUCCGUGAUAACGACAGAGAUCAUUGGAGAUGGAGUUAUGUACGAACAAUAGUAGAAUAAAAAUACACAAUGGUAAGGAACAC